AUGAAGCAAAAAGAUCCAGAGGAUCUUAAGGUGGGUCUAGGAAAACUGAGCAAAGAGGGAGAAACAGUGGGCAGCAGAAAGAGCGGGGGGGAGGGGAAAAGAAGAAAGCUUCCUACAGGCUUCCGUGACACCAAGGAAGCCGGUCCUGGGGCCGUAGGAGGGGCAAAGGAGCCCAUGAAGCACGGCGGGGUUGUCCGGCGGGGGGCCCUUCUACGGGACAGAGAAGCGAUCUGGCGACAGGCAAUUCCAAUCACCUUCAACAUGACUGGUGGAAUUAAAGCAACCUGGUAUGAGCAGUUUUGGUGGUUUAAAACGGCCGGCCCGGAGCUCUCUAGAUCUGAGCGGGCUUCUUUAGGGCUUCUGGGCGCGCGCAAGCGGGAAACGGCCGAAAUUGCCACAAAGUGCCCAGCUCUCACCUGCCUCAGUCUUGUGACAAUCUCUGCCUCAGUCAGAGCUUUCCGGAUUUCACGUCUGACACUCAUAGACGUGUGUGAGGCAGCCGGAAGGAACGGCGAUAUUGCCACGGGACGUCCACCUGUGAGCUUGCGUGAGACCUAUCAUGUCACGGCUGCCCUGAGCAAAUACUUUGACCUGAUGUCCUCAAGAUGGCCAAAUCUUAUGAAUGAAGAGGAGCGAUCCUCUGCCGCUCGUCCACGCACGGGGGGCUGCAACUCCUCUGGAUCCCCCUGCUCAUCCAAGAUGUCAGUAGGAAGUUUUCAUUUAGGUAAAGCUGGGCAUGGUCAUGGACAUGGAUUCGGUCAUGAUUUUGGGGGAUCAUAUGGUUCUGGAGGCAUUACCCCAGUAACUGUCAACCAGAGUCUUCUGGCUCCUCUCAACUUGGAGAUAGAUUCAAACAUCCAAAGAGUGAGAACUGAGGAGAAAAAUCAAAUCAAAGGUCUCAACAAUAAGUUUGCUUCUUUCAUUGACAAGGUGAGAUUCCUGGAACAGCAGAACAAGAUGCUGGAGACCAAGUGGGAUUUACUACAAGAGCAGAAGACAGCCCGGUGUCAGAUUGAACCUUUGUUUGAGGCUUUCAUUGGCAAUCUCAGAAGACAUCUGGAUAGCCUAGAAUGUGAGAGUGCUCGGCUAGAAGCAGAACGGAGCAGCAUGGAAGACAUGAUGGAAGGAUUUAAAAGAAAAUAUGAAGAAGAAAUGAACAGGCGCACUGCCGCAGAGAAUGAAUUUGUCCUGCUGAAGAGGGAUGUUGAUGCUGCAUUUAUGAACAAAGCUGAACUACAAGCAAAGGCUGAUGCUUUGACCGAUGAAAUUAGCUUUCUGAGGACACUGUAUGAUGCGGAAAUCAGUCAGCUCCAAGCUCAGAUCUCAGACACUUCAGUCAUUGUGUCUAUGGACAACAGCAGAGACCUGGACUUGGACAGCAUUGUUGCUGAGGUCAGAGCUCAGUAUGAAGAAAUCGCCAACAGAAGUAGAGCUGAGGCAGAGUCCAUGUACCAGUCAAGGUUUGAUGACUUGCGCAUGGCAUCCGGCAGAAAUGGAAAUGAUCUGGAGAGCAGUAGAAAUGAGAUCGCUGAGCUGAAUCGAGCAAUUCAAGCGCUUAAGGGAGAAAUCGUAUGUGCCAAAUCACAGCGUGCUGCACUGGAAGCUGCCAUUAAUGAGGCUGAGGAACGUGGUGAGGCUGCUAUCAGGGAUGCCAAGCAUAAACUGGCUGAACUGGAGGCUGCCCUACAGAAGGCCAAGCAGGACAUGGCUCGCCAACUGAGAGAAUAUCAGGAACUGAUGAAUGUCAAACUGGCUCUGGAUAUCGAGAUUGCAACUUAUAAGAAGAUGCUCGAGGGUGAGGAGCACAGAUUGACUUCAGAUGGCAAUGUGAAUAUCUGUAAGUAA